CUACCUUCCGUAAACAAUUUUCAAACUUGUGCUAUAGUAUUAUUCUUUUUUCUUACCCUGUUCACUAUUUAGUUGUUAUUUUUCUUAUCUUAUCAACUUGACCUAAUUGAUACUAUAAUACCUUCAACGUCCUGAUCCACCCACUUCCCAUGGAGAGACUCACGAACUCACUAGCACAACAGAAGAGCGUUGAUUCACGAGGUGGCAAUGACUUUGAUUUUGAGCAUCGUUCCCAAGAUGAUUUUAGUUGGCGUAACAACAACAGCAGGCACCAUAAUGGUAAUGGUAUUGCCUGGCAAGCACCUAGUCCUCGAUUCCUAGUACACCCACACAUGCAACAGCGUGCCCCACCCCCAUCUUCCAAUGCUAUUCGGCCUGAAGAAAUCGAUUCGGAUGCGGACCUGCCUUCCCAGAACAGCAUUCAUCAGCAGAACUUUCGUCCUCGUCAAGAUUCCUUCACUGGCCUUUCGCAGAGCAGCAUUCAGCGGACCUUUCGUGAUCGAGAAGCUUCCUUCGCUGCCCAUUCCCAGAACAGUAAUCCACGUUUCUUUUGGGCUGAAUCUGUUGAAUCCAAUUAUCAGUUCCGAGAUCACCGUCUGCGUCAACCAUCUGCUGCUUCCUCUGUGGAUCCCUUGCCAACUCAAACUCAAUCGUCCGCUCAUUCCAACACUUCGGAUCUUACUUCGCCAUCUCCAGCUACCCGCAAAAAUUUGAAGAAGUCCACUGUCAGUCAAACCACGAAGACCACAGGCGGGAGCGGUUCGAAUUUCAACAAAGAAGAGUUAGAACAACUAUGUAAAUCAUGGCUGAACGUGUCUGAAGAUGCCAUAGUUGGAAACGAUCAGAAAUCAACCACCUUUUGGAAAAAGAUUACUGAUGACUUCCAUGAUUGAAUGGAUGUGGAGGAUGAUGAAAACAGGCGCUCACUCAAAUCGAUUCAGUCUCGCUGGGGUACUCUCAACAAAAACAUGGCUCGAUUCGCCGCGUGUGUUCAACAAAUCAAGAUGAUCAGAGAAACUGGAAAAUCAAUCGAGGACCAGUUUCAAGAUGCCUUAACGUUGUACAAUAAAGAAGUUGGAACUGCCUUUGUCAAUGUAUCAUGCUAUAAUAUUGUCAAAUAUUCCCCUAAAUGGACUGACAACCCUCUGUACAUCGAGUUUUGCGGUAGAAAAAGGAAAGCUGCUACAAAUGACAAAGAUCCAAUCAUCGAUGUAGACGCCAUCCCGGCUGGAACUGCAAUUGGUGACAUCCAACUGCCGCAACUCAAUCGCCCGGCAGGUACAAAACAAUCUAAGAAAUCGCGAAACACGAAGCCUGAGGAUGAUGAAAGUAAUCAAAGCCGACUACUUGCAAACUCCAGCUCUACAGCCCAAGCAACCGAGCGAAUCGCUCUUCAUUUGGACCGGGCAAGCUCUUCACUCGAGGCUAUGCUGGAGCUAUCGCUCCUACAGACUGACACCUCACGCCUGAAUGAGAACAUCCGUGCCGCACUGGAGGCUGACAAAGAGCGCCUCUUGCUGCGCAGAGCUGCUUGUCGCGCGGAUUUAUGAUUUGUCCACACGCUUGCUAAGACCGUUUCAAGUUAUUAUCUUUCCAAUCUGCUUGUGUUUUGCCCAAAUCAUUCACUCAUCUCAAAUGUUUUUCACUUUUAACUCGAUUAAGUCCAAGAUUUUUUUGUCCGUGUGUUGUGUGUGAAAUUUUAAUUUUGUAAUUAAAAUUUCUGUGUUGUCAUGACUGAUCUUUGUUAUAUGUUCUGCACCAAUGUUAUUGAGCAUUCUCUCGCUUUGUUUUGUGUAUAUAAGGUAUCUCCUAUUUCCUCUUUAUCCUCAUAGUCACUCAUUCCUGUGUCAUUCCGUGCUUUUCAAUCUAACUCAUCCAGCUCGCCUUACCUAGUAAAUAGUUCUUUGUUUAAUAUUUUUUUUUUGGUGCAACAUAUUGUCAUAUUCAUAUCGUUUUGCAACUCCCUACCAUCAUAUUAUUACGAAAUUCCUCAUUAUGGCUUCC